UAUAACAUACUUAGUCUGCACAGCAAAGGAAUUCUACUUAAGUGAUAUAUUGUAUCUGCUUGCUCAUGAUUUAUCUCAAUACAAUUAGAGAGCAAUGUUUACAUUAGGUGGGGUUAUAUUUUGUGAGCAGGUAUACUGGAUGGAAGGCUGAUAACAGACUAGGUCAUACACCGCGUUUUCUAUUUACCUUCUUCAUCUCGUUCAACUACAAGCCGUUAUCUAAAGAAACAACCGGCUCUGGUCCUUCUUGACUAUUUCUAACACCGCAUAAAAUGCUGGUUGUUAAACGGGGUGGAAACAACAACCACAACUUAAUGAAGGAGUGAAGGGAAUUUCAGCGCUGAUUUCAUUCUUUCUAUUGAUUUUUACAUAACUCAUAUCAUAAUUUGUUUAGUAGACACUGUGUGUCGUAUUCAUUUAGCAAUGCUUUCUGUAUUAAUGAAUCUAUUUCGAUUUGUUUUUGUUGAUAUUUUAUCGAUGAUGAUGAUAAAAAUAAUAAUUACAAUGGUUAUGUCGUAGCUGUGGUUGUUGUUACUCAAUUCGUUAUCCAAUCAGUUCUCAGGAUCAUAUUACCGUUGGCAGUCAUACUGGAUUCAAUACAUAAAAAAUGAUAAAUUGACUGGAAUGGCGCUCCCUCUUGGAGAAAUUAUUGGAAUUGCUGGUGUGGUUGCCUUCCUGCUCCUUUCAAUUGGAUUCUUAAUAUAUCGCCGGUUUUGUAGAAUAGGAACAAACCAUCAUUUAUAUCAUGAAGCUGAAGCUCUGAAAGAAGAAAGAGCAAAUUUAUCAAUUAGUCAGAGUAGUCCUAACCUUGUAAACGAAUGUGAUGGCAAAGAAGGGAUUAGAAACACUGUGAAGAGAAGUUUGCAAGCUUUUCGCCAAUCAACUUUGCCAACUGUUUCUGAGAGACACCUAACAUUUGAACGAAGUUUGUCUCACAAACUUGACCUAUCUAAUGUGGAAUUUUCUGUGCAAAGCUUGUCUCAAAAAAGUCAGCCAUCCAUUGGCAAAAUUAAACCGGAACUUUACAAACAAACACUUACAGAUGAAACAAAACUAGAACAAUCAUGUGGUAAACUAUAUUUCAGUCUUAGGUAUGAUAUGCAAAAUGAACAUUUGUUUGUAACAAUUAUAAAUGCAACCAAUCUCCCAGCUAAAGAUUUCUCGGGCACAAGUGAUCCCUAUGUAAAAGUCUACUUGUUGCCUGAUCGAAAAACCAAAUUUCAAACUAAAGUGCACCGCAAAACACUGAAUCCUGAGUUUAACGAAACCUUCAUGUUCAAUGUAUCAUGUCAGGAACUCAAUAGUCGAAGUGUACAGUUUAGCCUCUAUGACUUUGACAGAUUUUCCAGACAUGAUUUGAUUGGAGAUGUUAUUGUUAAACAAGAUUUAUUGGAUGAAAAUAUUUCCAAGGAGAAAUUUUUUUCUUUUGAUAUAAUCUCUUCUAAUCAGGAAAAAGCUGAUCUGGGUGAACUGAUGAUGUCAUUGUGUUACUUACCCACAGCUGGACGCCUCACAGUUACCAUCAUCAAGGCACGGAACUUGAAAGCAAUGGAUAUCACUGGCUCCUCAGGUUUUUAAAGAUUUUUCCU